CGAGGGCGCCGGGCGGAGAGAGGGCUGGCUCCGCACCUGUCCGGCCCGGCCCAUGUUCCUGCCGGCGGGGGCCGGCGCGCUACGGAAGAAGACGGUGGGCACGGGGUGGCCCGCGUCUGGCUGAGCCCGCCGCGCUCUGGCCGCCAGCCCGCGGGAUGAGGGCGUCGGCGCUGCGAGCCCCCGCGCUGCUGACCUGCUGCGGCUUGCUGCUCGCCUCCGUAAACAGCAUUCACCCAGAAUGCCGAUUUCACUUGGAAAUACAGGAGGAAGAAACCAAAUGCACGGAACUUUUAAGUGCUCACACAGGAAAAUACAAAGCCUGCAGUGGUGUCUGGGACAACAUUACGUGCUGGCGCCCUGCUGACAUAGGAGAGACCGUCACAGUCCCCUGCCCAAAAGUUUUCAGCAAUUUUUACAGCAAGCCAGGAAACCUAAGCAAAAAUUGUACAAGUGAUGGCUGGUCUGAGAUGUUCCCAGAUUUCAUAAACGCAUGUGGCUAUAAUGACCUCGAGGAUGAAAACAAGAUCACGUUUUAUAUUCUGGUGAAGGCUGUUUACACCCUGGGGUACAGUGUCUCUCUGAUUUCCCUUACAACCGGAAGUAUCAUUCUUUGCCUCUUCAGGAAACUGCAUUGUACUCGGAACUACAUCCACCUGAACCUGUUCCUCUCCUUCAUCCUGAGAGCCAUCUCGGUGUUGGUCAAGGACGACAUCCUCUACUCGAGCUCCGGCACACUGCACUGCCCGGACCAGCCGUCCUCGUGGGUUGGCUGCAAGCUGAGUUUGGUGUUCUUCCAGUACUGCAUCAUGGCAAACUUUUAUUGGCUCUUAGUGGAAGGACUGUACCUCCACACCCUCCUUGUGGCUAUCUUCUCCCCAAACAGAUACUUCAUGGUCUAUCUUCUGAUUGGAUGGGGCAUCCCCACUGUCUGCAUAAUGGUGUGGACUAUCACCAGGCUCUUUUUAGAAGACACAGGUUGCUGGGAUACAAACGACCACAGUGUUCCCUGGUGGGUUAUACGAAUACCAAUUUUAAUUUCUAUUAUAGUUAACUUUGUCCUUUUCAUUAGUAUUGUAAGAAUUUUACUGCAGAAGUUAACAUCACCAGAUGUCGGCGGCAACGAUCAGUCACAAUAUAAGAGACUGGCCAAGUCCACGCUGCUGCUCAUCCCAUUGUUUGGGGUUCACUAUAUGGUGUUUGCUGUUUUUCCUAUUGGCAUUUCCUCCAAGUAUCAGAUCCUGUUUGAGUUGUGCCUGGGAUCCUUCCAGGGUCUGGUUGUGGCAGUACUCUACUGUUUCCUGAACACUGAAGUGCAGUGUGAGCUGAAAAGAAAAUGGCGAAGCUUAUGCGCAGGCCAGUCCAUGAUCCGGGAUUACAGACUCCACAGCUCUUCCAUCUCUCGAAACGGCUCGGAGAGUGUCCUGCAGUUCCACCGGAAUUCUCGCGCCCAGUCCUUCUUGCAGACUGAGACCUCGGUCAUCUAGCCAGCACCCACCUGUCCGCAUUUGCCAACAAACUCAAUGGAAGACUAUGUAAAAGUGUUUGCAGCUAAAUUUGGUGGGUUUUCCCUAAAACGUGCAGUGUGCGUUUGCUUUUUUCCUACUCCACAUGUUAGGAAUGAGCUAGUGCGGUAAAUCUGUGCUCUCUCGACUUAGUAGAGCUGAUGGUUAAUUUAAUCCCAUCUGUGGACUCUUGAGUUACCUUGUAAUUUACUUGGAUUUAAAUGCUAAUAAUUGUUAAACUCCAGCAUUUAAGUAAUUUUGUUUAUAAGGCGUUUAAGACACGUUCAGCCGUGUUGCGGGCCACAUUUUCAAGAAGAGGGGAGAACGAGUUGGUCACCGAAACAUCAAAACAAAGUAUAAUGGCCCACUGUUUGUGACCCAACAACUGCCAAAGGAAAAAAACGAGAGACUUUUCUAACCUCAGUGCCACCUCUCACAAAACUUGCUCUCCUGUUAGUAAAAAGCAAAACUCUGUGGGCAGAGGCACUGGGUCCUGAGAUAAAAGCACUAGGCACCAGGGAGUCGCUUCUGUGUGUCACGGUAGAACUGUGCUCCGUAGGGUUUUCAGUGGCUGAUUUUUUGGAAGUAGAUCACCAGGUCUUUCUUCUGAGGCACCUCUGGGUAGACUCAAGCCUCCAGACUUUUGAUUAGCAGCUGAGCACAUUAACCAUUUGUACCACCCAGGGACUCUGGGCCCUGAGGUCACAGAAAGAGAAAGGCAGACUUCCUUUAGGCAUAAUCACCCUGCUGGAGCCAGAUACACACCAGUUAGCCUUGUCCCUCUUUCCCAGCCCUGAAAGGGCGUUCCUCUUCUCUGCAGGAUGAUUACAUAGAAUCUGGGUUAGGAAUUUCAUGAAACCAUGCCGAUAGAUCCAAGUAAACUCCAAGCGAGGGUGAGCCAGGCAAAAUCAGAAGGAGAGCCGUCCUUUCAGUUUGCAACUGAGCAAGUUAACUGUUUGCACCACUCAGGGCCUCCUCAAUUCAUAAUAGCAAGGUAACAAUAACAGGGCAUUCGCAUUUUAGUAAGGGCCCCUGAGCCAAUGAACAGAUGCCUUAUCGGUCAGUUCAGGCACCAUAACCAAGCAGGAGCCCUGGUGGUGCAACACCGGAGCGCUUUUCCUAUUUAAAUAGAGAAUUAUUUUAACAAAAUAUAUUUCGAGAGCUCAUAUCCAGUACUGGCAGAUAGCAGUCCUAGCUUUUAGUUCCUUGAUUACUUGCAGAUUUAGAGAGAUAUGUCUAGGAGGAAUCACCAACAUGGCAACAGAAGAUAAAUUGGAAGGGUGGGAGGAGAGAGGAGGAAAAUACUAGAAAGGUGUCCAGGUGAUGUUGAACAAGAUAGUCUGUUUCCUGUGCCCAAAUCCCUUUCCAGUUAAGCCUCCCUAACAGCCCAAAUGGUACUUUGUUAGCUGCUGUGGAAUCGGCCCCCAGUUCGUGGAAACCCCGUGCACAAUGGAAGGAAUCGUUGCCUGGUCCUGCUUCAUCCCCAUGAUCAGUUGCAGAUUGGACCUUUGUGAUCCAUAGAGUUUUUGUUGGCUGAUUUCCAAAGUAGGUCACCAGGCCUUUCUCCUAGUCUCCUGAAACCUGUUAUGGUGCUAUAAAGUCUUUUUCUUAUGGCAUUUGUGGCGUGAUAGACCCUGACCAGUUUACAGAGGCUAGUUAUCAGGAUGGCUGGCACUGAGUGUGUCAGACCUGGUGGGCAGUGGGCAGGCAAGACUUGGGUCAGGAAGUCUACAUACUUAAAAGGCUGCCAGCCAUCCUGUCAUUGUUACUUGGGGUAGUAAAACUCACAUUCCCCAGUAAAAUAAGACUGGACAAAGGGAAUUUUAUGAUAGCAAAACAGCAAUGUCUCCGGAGACUAACUUCAGCCACUGAUAACCCAGGCUUUCUAUUUAAUAAAAUUUGCUAUAACCAGCACAAUACGGCUGCCCUGGCACAGUCCCUUGGUCACAGCCUGGCCUCGUUACCUAGCAUUGGAUGUCAUAAUGGGAUUCAUUAUUCUGCCAUAAUGGGAUUCUCCUUGAACUUUUGCCUGAACCAACCAGAGAGUGGGCCCCAAGUUUUCCUGAAGUCACUGGUGGGGGUCGGCAGGUUGUUAAAAGACUUAGAAAACUUUCUAGCUCACUGCUUUCCUAUGGCUGCAGAAGCUUGCUUAGGCAACUGGUAUCAUGUCAGCAGCCUGGCCAGAAAAUAUGGGGGUCAAGGAGGCUCAAAUGGCCCAGCCACAGGGGCUUCCAUGUUCUCUUGGUGCCACCCUGAUAAAGGGCAACUGACAGGGGCUGUGAUGUGAAGUGAGAGGAAAGUGGACUUGGCGUCAGUCCCUAGGUGUUGCAAAUGGUUAGCACACUCAGCUGCUAACCAGAAGGUUGAAAGUUCAAGUCCACCCAGAGGUGCCUCUGCAGAAAGGCCUGGCAGUCUAUAUCCAAAACAUCAGCCCCUGAAAACCCUAUGAGCACAGUUCUACUCUGACAUACAUGGGAUUGCCAUGAGUUGGAGUCAAUUCUGCAGCAGCUGGACUUUUGGAGUUAGAAAACCCAAGUGUUUGUUCUCCUCUCAGCUGCCUUCUGUCCUGUGUAAUCUUGGGCAAACCACUUCACCUCCUGAGCUUCAGCCUCUCCUACUUAAAGGAUAGAAGUGCCCUGCCCACUCAGAGGGUUUUUUGAGGGAACAAUAAUAUUCCAUAACUAAAAGCGUUAUGUAAACCUUAAGGUGCUACUCUGGUAACAAAUGAUAGCAGGGUGUGCCGAGGUACAGGGCAGUGGGGAGUCCUGAUCCAGGAUAUGGUUGGAGAGACAUGGGGAGGCAGAGCUCAGUAAAAUUCUCCUCAGUUAAAUAUGUGCAAGGCCAAACAGGGCCAGGAGCUCUUUUAUCUUGCCUGGUAAAGGGAGAAAGGGAGGUUGUAAAAUGAAUAUUCACUAAUAGACUUGACUAGUCAGUAAAGGAGUGGGUGGUCAAAUAGUGGUCUGUGUUGUUUUAAAAUGUGUGUAAAUGUGUAUGGAAUGUCAGAUGUAGCAAACUCCACCAUGCAGUGAGCAAUGACCUGUGUAAAUACUUUCAAUAAAACCUAAUUUCAUAUCUGUAAACUGAGUAAGAAUUCACUCUGAGCAGCAAACCCAGAGAUCUGAAACAGAGGGCGUUCCUCAGACUUCUUCUGCUGGUACAGUUGUAAUCCAGUGAAAUCUUGUUAGCUGCUGUUGAGUCAGCUCCGACUUAUGGUGACUGUCUUAGUUAUCUAGUGCUGUUAUAACAAAUACCUCAAGUGGUAGCUUUAACAAACAGAAGUUUAUUCUCUCACAGUUUAGGAGGCUGGAAAUUGGAAUUCAGAGUGCCAGCUCCAGGGGAAGGCUUUCUCUGUCACUGGGAAAGGCCCUUGUCAUCAAUCUUUCCCUGUUUUAGGAGCUUCUUAGCACAGGGACCCUGGGUCCAAAGGUCAUAUGCACUCCUGACUCUUCUUGCUUGGUGGUAAUGAGGUCCCCUUCCUCUCUGCUUGAUUUUCUUUUAUAUCUC